AUGUUUUUCAGAGAAGUCCAGUCUUUACAUACAUCAGAGAUCUCACACAGGAGAGAAGCCGUAUUCCUGUCCUGA